CCUGCUGUGAAAGGGGGGGCUGGUUCUGAGAAGGUGUCGCUUGUUGAUGACGUAGGCGGAGGCCGCGCCAGCAGCAGUAGCAGCGGGGUAUCCGGUGAAUCGUCGGCCCGGCGGUGGAGAGAGGAGCCCCGGUCUCAUCUCCUCCUCUUCUCAGGUACGUUUGACCCAUGGCUGCAGCUGACAGUCCUGAACGAGAUCCCCUUUCUCCAGAGGAAGUCUUACCUGACCUGACAGAUGAUGAAGAUGAGGACAGAGACCUCUUGUCGGACCAUGAUCUGGACAGAGAUGAGAACAGUAGUGAUUUGCUGAUCAAUAAACGUUCCCCAGAUGGGGCCUUUCCGGAGUCCAACUCCCCCAUGCCAUGGGAGAACCCUUCCCCAAAGGCCAUGUACAGCGAUUCAUUAGAUAAUAAAGGUUCUCCCGAUGACCAAGCCUCCCCAGAACUCGGCUCCCCCAUGCCAUGGGAUAACCCUUCUCCCAAAACUCCCUUGGGUGACUUCCUAGACAGUAAAAGUUCCCCAGAUUACAGGGGAUCCCCAGAGCUGAAUUCGCCCAUGCCAUGGGAUAAUCUUUCUCCAAAAACUGACACAGAAGAGAGAGACCUUUCCAAUCUCAGCUCUAAAGCCAUCGACUCUUCCCCGAAGGAUGACCGAGAACUGGACAUUUCUAUCAAGGACAAUCCAGACUCUCCAGAGGAACCAGACAGGAGCCCCAUCAAGUCUCCUCUGUUGGACGAUGAAGAUCGUCUGAGUGAGAUCAAAUCUCUGGGCUCCGGCAGCGAACUGACCCGAGACGAGCCCCGCUCUCCCGCUGUCCGCCAAGACAACGACACCAACGAUGACUUGAGGGAUGAGGCUUCCUCCGUCAUGCGGGAACUGGAUGAACAUGAACUGGAUUACGAUGAGGAGGUCCCAGAGGAACCCGCUGGCCUGAAUCAGGAGGACGAAUCUGAGAAACUUGGUGGUGACGACGAAGAUGAGAAAGACGAGAAGGACAAAGAGGAGUCUCCUGAGGAGGCCAAGGAGGCAAAAAAGGACCAGAAAGAUGGGGAUGCUCCAAAGGAAAAGAAGAAUGAGGAGGACGAUGGAGAGAUUGAUGAGGGGGAGAUUGAUGACGAUGAUCUAGAGGAAGGGGAGGUAAAGGAUCCCAAUGACAGGAAAACCAGACCGCGAAUGACCUGCCGAUUCUUCAUGAAAGGGAACUGCACAUGGGGAAUGAGCUGUCGGUUCAUACACCCUGGCAUGAACGAUAAGGGGAAUUAUUCGCUGAUCUCUAAACCUGACCCGUUUUCUGCCAAUGGCACAGGCCCCGGCGGGGUACAGUUGCCUCAGAACCCUUGGGGCGCUCCGGUCACCGAGGAGCUUCUUCCUCCCCCGAUUCUGGAACCACCAUCAGAGAGCGCCUGGGAGAGAGGACUCAGACAUGCUAAGGAGGUGUUGAAGAAAGCCACCAUGCGGAAGGAACAGGAGCCAGACUUUGAGGAGAAGCGCCUAACCGUCACUAUUGGCGAGGAUGAGCGAGAGUUCGAUAAGGAGAACGAUUAUCUACGGGACUGGAACUACCGAAUCACCAGAGAAGUGCGGGAAACCGGGGAGGUGGAGUUUAGAGAAACUGUAACACAUGGGGAACAGUUACCAGAUCAGUACUAUGACCUAGAGAUGGACCGAUAUUGGCGAGGUGGGCAGUAUGAGAACUUCCGCGUGCAAUACACUGAAGCAGAGCCGUAUCGCUAUCGAGAUAGAGAGAGGGAGAGAGAUAGAGACAGACAAAGAGACAGAGACCGGGAUCGAGAGAGAGAGCGCCGCCAGCGAGAGAGAGAACGUGAGCGGGAGCGAGAGAAAGACCGCCAGAAGCGGAAAAACGAAUGGGAGCGUGACCGGAGCAAGCGCGAUGAGAAGGAAAGACAGAAGGAAAAAGAGAAAGACAAGGAGAAGGAUAAAGAGAAGAAGAUUCGGUCUCCACUUCUGCCCAGUCGCACCAAUGACCCACCGAAGAAAGAGUCCCCCACCGCUCCUCUAACAGGAGGGAAUGCUAUUGCUCUCGCUACCAACCCUGCGGUAGGCGGAACCACAUCGUCCAAACGGGCGGAUGAGUGGAAGGACCCAUGGCGCCGAUCAAAAUCCCCAAAAAAGAAGCUCGGUACAUCUGGCUCACCCAGCCGAGGACGCAGGAGACGUCGCGCCUCUGCAUCCUCUGACUCUGGAUCCAAUUCCUCCCGGUCCUCCUCACGAUCCUCCUCCUAUUCCGGUUCCGGAUCUUCGCGUUCCAGAUCCUCCUCAUACAGCUCUUACUCCAGCCGCUCCUCCCGGCACAGCUCCUUCUCCGGCAGCCGCUCCAGGUCCCGAUCAUUCUCCUCCUCUCCAUCUCCCUCGCCAACCCCCUCACAGCACAAAGCUUCCGCUAAAAGCAAAGGGGACGCGGUUCCUGCACCUAAAGUUGACAAACCAACUGUGAAGAAAGCUGCCCCUCCCGCAGCGCCUGCAGCAGUUCCAAAACCUGCAAAAGUUGGGGUAGAACCACCUAAAACCGUUGAAAACAGAAUUGGACGAGCCAAGGAGACGAAGAAGAAAGUUCCACCCAGAAGGAGAACAGUCAGUGGUAGCGUCAGUGGAAGUGGCAGCAGUUACAGCGGCUCCAGUUCUAGGUCCGGAUCGGUGUCCAGAUCCUCCGGAUCGUCUUCAGCCUCCGUGUCCCCUUCUCCAGCCGCAUCUCGAAAAUCCAGGAAGUCCAGGUCGCUCAGUGUGAGCAGCGUCUCUUCUGUCUCCAGUGUUUCCUCCAGCAGCAGUUCUGUGCGUAGCGCCGACUCAGAUGACAUGUACGCCGACCUCGCCAGCCCCAUCUCCUCGGCAAGCUCUCGAUCACCGAUUCCAGCACAGCAAAAGAAAGAAAAAGGUCCCACUGACAAAACCAAAAAGGAGGGCCAGCGGCCUAAAGAGGACAAACGCGCGCGGGAGGACGACAACAAACGCGUGCGUGAGGACGACAAACGCGUGCGGGAGGAGGACAACAAACGUGUGCGUGAAGAUGACAAACGCGUGCGGGAGGAGGACAACAAACGUGUGCGUGAAGACGACAAACGCGUGCGGGAGGAGGACAACAAACGAGUGCGUGAAGAUGACAAACGCGUGCGGGAGGAGGACAACAAACGAGUGCGUGAAGAUGACAAACGCGUGCGGGAGGAGGACAACAAACGAGUGCGUGAAGACGACAAACGAGUGCGUGAAGACGACAAACGAGUGCGUGAUCCUGCUCCACCGACGGCAAAAGUGCCAGCUGUCACAAAGCCAUCGAAGCCGGUCAGCGCACCGAAAAUAUCCGUUCAGCCUGCUGCCCCUCCGCCGGCCCAGAGCGGCUUCAGUGCUCACAAGGAAAUCAAACUGACUCUGCUGAGCAAGGGCACAGAUAAAGGGAGUAGGAAAAGAUAUGAACCUUCCGAUAAAGACCGACCGAAUUCACCGCCUGCUAAAAAGUCCAACCUGUCCCCAGAACGGGUGCCAGACCGUAAACAGCCUGGAAAGCCCCUUUCACCAAAACUGGAGCGCCUGCGGAUUCCAAAUGCCAAGCCACCCCCAACUCAGCCCGACAGGAAACGUCCUACUUCACCACCUCCAAAGAGCUCCAGCAAAGUCACCAGCAUCCCCGGCAAAGCUCCAGAAGUCGCCCCAGCCGCAGGGGCCAAGCCCGGGAAAGCCAGCACGUUAUCACGCAGGGAGGAACUUCUUAAACAGCUCAAAGCUGUGGAGGAUGCCAUCGCUCGCAAGCGGGCCAAAAUACCCGGCAAAGUAUAGCGAGGCUGGCUCAUCCGAGUACAGUUACCUGCCCACCACCCCGAAUCUGCCGGGGAACUACAAGUCUCGGCUCGCCUCGCAGCCCACGCCAAGACUUACCGUUCCCCAACAAUUUCAGAGCCGCAGGUGUCCUAGUUGCCGUCUUGAUAAACUUAUCGAUUUACUUGUGUGUUAUGAGAGCGACUGUGGCGGUCGCGGCGGAUUUUGGACUCCCCUUUUUAUUUGAGUUUUGGCUGCAAAGUUUUGUCCUAUUCAUUGGAAAUGCCCAGCGGGAGGAGACGAUGAAUUGCCUGCCAUCCUUUGCCGUCUCGGCAUACACCGGACUGAAGAGGACGGUGCCUGGGGUUUCGGAUAAUCAGCUGUCACAUGACUUCUCCGAAUGCCUGUUUUUACUUUAUUUUUUCUAUUAAUUAGAAAUUUCCUCAUCUCUGGUGAGAAAACAAGCUUUUUCCGAGGAAACCACGCCCCUGACCUCCAGCUCGCUCUUUUGCCCUCUUCUGGUCUCGUGGGAAGAGAAGACAAGGAAUAUAUAUAUAUUCAUUUUUGUUUUUCUCUUUUGUGUUCCAUUCUUUGAUGAAAAACUUCAAUGUUUGUAUGAAAUUGGCCCGAUAGUCAGUAAAAAUGUGAGUGGGGAAGGGGUCACAGCGAGGGACGUUUUAAGAAGGCACCGCAUCGCUCUUCGUUUGGUUGUAUAUCUGUUGACUUGAGACCUAUUUGGGGAGGGGGAAUUUAUCCCGGAAAUAAAGUAUUUUGAUAAAACAG